GCACUCCGGGCAGAGGCACAUCGGGCAGGACUCCGGGCAGAGGCACAUCGGGCAGGACUCCGGGCAGAGGCACAUCGGGCAGGACUCCGGGCAGAGGCACAUCGGGCAGGACUCCGGGCAGAGGCACAUCGGAUUACCAGGCGAAGCAGCAGGCAGUGGGCCACCAGGCGGAGCGGCAGGCACCGGGCCCCCGGGCGGGGCGACAGGCACCGGGCCCCCCCCCCCCCGCGGCGGGGACAGGCACCGGGCCCCCGGGCGGGGCGACAGGCACCGGGCCCCCAGGGCGGGGCGACAGGCACCGGGCCCCCAGGCGGGGCGACCGGCACGCAUCGGGCCCCCAGGCGGGGCGACAGGCAUCGGGCCCCCAGGCGGGGCGGCGGGUGCCGGACCCCCAGGCGGAGCGACAGGUCUCGGGCCUUCAGGCGGAGCGGCGGGUGCCGGACCCCCAGGUGGAGCGACAGGUCUCGGGCCCUCAGGCGGAGCGACAGGUCUCGGGCCCCCAGGCGGAGCGGCGGGCGCCGGACCCCCAGAUGGAGCGACAGGUCUCGGGCCCUCAGGCGGAGCGGCGGGCGCCGGACCCCCAGGUGGAGCGACAGGUCUCGGGCCCUCAGGCGGAGCGGCGGGCGCCGAGUCACCAGG